AUGGUAUUUAUAGCGUCGCCGCAUAUCCGCGAACAUGCACUAAGUACCUCUCAGGUCCUCUUCAAGCGUAAACCUGUCAAACUCGAGCCCCUGCCCAAAAACCUCGACGAUAGCACUGAGGUAUGGCUUAUCGAGCAGACUGGAGAGAUCUUCACCGACUACGAGCGCUACCUUGAGCGCUUCACAUGCCAGGCGACUGGACAUGGAGGCUACACAUAUUUCGAGGCCCAGGAGAGCGAGGUAGGCUCCACGUCAAUACUGGUCAAGGCCGAUGAGGAGGUAACAUCCGUGCAGACGGAAGCUUCCAAAGAGAUCAACAGCAUCUUUCCAGAUAACCUAAGGUCUCCUGUUCUCCAAUAUGCUCAGUUUCAGGACCAUCAUAGGAUGGAUGAUCUUGUGAACGAUGUAUAUGACCACUUCAAAGAACAGUUUAUGCUGCAGGAUCGGGUGUUUCUCGAAGGCGAUUCUCGUCGUUUUGGUGUCAUCACGGCGAUUACGGACAACAGCCGACUGCAUAGCAUGUUCACUGGCCAGUCGAUGGAUGAUAGCAUUCGCUCUUAUACCUACGUCAUCACCAUGGAGGACAGUGGCGAGACCAUCACCAAGUACAAAGCCUCGGAACUCCAGCGAGAUAGAAAGGUCUACUCGAAACUCCUCUUGAAGUCUUUCCUUCGCAAUGCCCUGAAGCGUGAGGACUGGGUUGGCGCACCGUGGAUGGUCAAGGAUAGCUUAGCAAAGCGUUAUGACAUCCCGACCAAGUUUCCUGAAAACAAGACAAGGCAAGAUGUAUUAGAUGAGAAGAAGGCAAUCGGUAACAUUCCCAAUGGUACAACUCCGCCGGUGCAACAGCCUUACGUGCCGCAUACGCCAAAUGGUCAGGCCCCGCACAUGAACGGCAACAGGCCGCACCUGCCACCUGGUCAAGGUCCGCCUACCUUUGUCAACUUUUCCGCGAGUGGCCCUCCACCGUAUGCCCCGCAGCAGGUACCUACGUUUGCGUCUGUGAAUGGCCCUGCUCGGCCCUAUGUUGUCAACGGGCCACCCAUGUACAACGGUGCUGGACCACCAGUCCCAGUACAGACCAUUGGACCGCCAUAUCUAUCCCCACAGCAAGUCAUCGGCCAAUUUCCCCCCCAACUUGUUGCUCAGUUCAUACAAGCAAAUGGCAUGCAAUCAAAUGGAAAUGGCCCUCCCGUCAACUUCCCAUUCCAGACAAGCUUCCCCCAUCAGCCCGGUCCCAGAUCGUCGAAUGUUUCUCAGUCCCAACACCAGGCAGCACCACCACCUCGUCCAGUGGAGUAUGUAAAGUAUCCAUGCGAAGAUCUCGAGAUCAAGCAGCCGCGUCUGCAGUACAAUCGACCGACCUUGAAGUUCUUUUCCGAUGACGUUCCCGAGGGUGUGGAGCCGCCUACGGAUGAGAAGAAGACCGGCAUACUGAUGAAGAGCAUCGGCCCGCUUCUGUGCAUCUGGGAAACGCUCAACGUUCAUGACACCAUCUACGAACUGGACUCUUUUACUUUCGAUGACUUUGUCGAUGCCAUGCGGUUUUCGCACGAGACGGUUGAAUGCGAGCUGUUCGUCGAGAUGCACUGUGCAAUUCUGAAGCAAAUUAUCAACGGCUCCGGCAAGAUCCAACCUCCUCUGCCAAGUAUGGACCCCGAAGAUUCGUCGGAAGAAGACUCAAGCGACGAAUCAGAGCCAACGCCAGAGCCAGAACCGCCAGUCCGAACUACUCGUAGCAGCCUGAGGAAGUCAGGUGCGGCACAGCUCGUUGUCAAGCCACGUACACCAACGCCCGAGCCACCAAAGGAAAUCCACAAGGCUGCUGACUUCGCCACCGAGUUUGACUGGAUCGAGCAGUGUAAAGUGCGCAACUUCCGGGACGGCGGAUGGCAAGCUAUUGUCGUCGGGCUCCUCUAUCGCCUAUCAUUCGAUCCGGCUCGGAAAGAGGCUUGCGACGAGAUCCUUGCCAAUCUUGUCCCGGCUGAAGAAGAACCUACUGUCGCUAACAUAGCCAAGAACUAUAUCGACCUUGACGUCAACCUCCGGAUUUUGGCGCUCGAGAUGAUCUUGAGUCUGACCGUGGUCACUGAGACUUUCCGCGAAACGCUUGUCCAAGCGGCACUGGACAUGACCAAGCUGCGCAAAGAGAAGAUUGAGUUUCAGCGCAAGCGCAAAGAGCUACAGGAGGCGCUGUAUAAGCUAGAUAUCGAACGCAAGAUUAACCUCCCUGCUAAUACCCCGGCCUCACCGUCAGAUGCCAACAUGAACAUCGAUGUUGACGUAUCUAUGAACAGCAUCAACGACGAUUCCAAGGAUGCAGCCGAGGCUGAAGCCAACGAUGGCGAUGAUGCAACCACGUCCAAGACCCGCACCCGCCCUUCCAACAAGAACAAGCGUAAAGCAGCCGCAGAAGAGGCGCGCAAGGAGAAGGCAAAGAAAGCCAAGGCUGAGGCCAAGGCUGAGGCUGAGAAGCUCAAGAAGCAGAAGGAGUGGGAGAAGCUCCUGGCAGCGAUUGAGAAGAAGAAAGAAGAGCUCAAAGAGUGUGAAGACAAUAUUGACGAGCUCGACGACGAUCUUCGUGAAACUCUAUCACACCGCAGCAAGAUUCUCGGCAAGGAUCGGUUCCUCAACAAGUACUACUGGUUCGAGCAUAAUGGUAUGCCUUUCGGAGGUGUCCCUCGCAGCUCUACAGCCGAGUACGGGUAUGCCAACGGGCGCAUCUGGGUGCAGGGCCCAAGUGAGUACGAACUGGGACCAAACAUGGAGGAGCCUGCCCUUUCACAAGAUCUGCAGCGCUUUGGCUACACCAUUCCACAGCGCAAAGAGCGGGAAGAAGGCUCAACCCACCUAUCGAGCGCUACUGAAUGGGGAUACUACGACGAUCCCGAGGAUAUCGACAAGUUGCUGGCAUGGCUUGACGAACGCGGUCUCCGAGAGCGUAUUUUGCGCAAAGAGCUACAAGCAUUCCGUGAUCGUAUCGCUGAGUACAUGUUGAAGAUGCGGAAACACCUGGAGGAAUUCAACCAGCCUGAUGAGGAGGAGGAUGAUGAUGAAGAAGAUAGUAAGACACGGGUUUCAACGCGCAACAAGACAUACACCGACAAGGAUGUUCCCAAGGACCGCUGCCUCCGUUGGACCAACAGUAUCAGACGUAAGGAUAAAGGCCACAGCCAUGUCGAAGAGUACGAUCCUCCUAGAAAGGCUAGAGCCAAGGUAGCAAAGGGAGGCAAGGUGAAGGGUCGUGGACGUUAA